AUGUUCCUGGCUGACGGCCCCUGGGCGGUGGCGGCCCCGGGACAGCGCCCCCCCCACGCCCGCCCUGCCCCCGACCCCGCCAACCCUCCGCGACCACCCCCGGUGCUGACGCCACCCGCCCGCGACACCACCUGCCACCAGCGCAGUGUCCCCAUGUCCCCGCCGGCGCUGGGGGCCCACUACUGCGGCGACUGUGGCAAGACCUUCGGCACCCGCUCCCGGCUGGCAGUGCACCGGCGGGUGCACACCGGCGAGCGGCCCUUCGCCUGCGCCCACUGCGGCAAACGCUUCAGCCAGAGCUCGGCACUGGGCCUGCACCGGCGCCUGCACACCGGCGAGCGGCCCCACGCCUGCGCCGACUGCGGCAAAGCCUUUGCCGCGCCCUCGCACCUGGUGGUGCACCGGCGGGUGCACACCGGCGAGCGACCCUUUGCCUGCGCCCACUGCGGCAAACGCUUCAGCCAGAGCUCGGCGCUGGCGCUGCACCGGCGCCGUCACACUGGCGAGCGGCCCCACGCCUGCACUGACUGCGGCCGGGCCUUCGCCGUCGCCUCCCACCUGGCCGCUCACCGUCGCAUCCACACCGGGGAGAAGCCUUUCCCCUGCCCACGCUGCGGCAAGCACUUCCGCCAGCGCUCCGCCCUUGUCACCCACCAGCGGGGACACAAGGAGUCACCACCAGCGCUCCAGCCUCGUCACACACACGCCAUGGAUCAGCCAGAGGAGCCGCCCGGCGACUGGGACGGGAAUGGGGGGACGGUACCCGGCGCCCACGGAGGCACCGUGAAGUCCCCAGAGACAGACACCCCCAAGAGGCUGGUGACAUCGCCACCGCUGCCUCCGUCACCCGGCCUGGACUGGUCCUGGGGGCUGCCCCCCACACCGCCCACAGGUACCCGGAAACCCUACAAGUGCACCGAAUGUGGCAAGGCCUUUGGGCAGAGUUCGCACCUGAUGCGGCACCUGGGCACCCACACAGGCGAGAAGCCCUACAAGUGCGGCGCCUGCGCCAAGAGCUUCACACAGAACUCCAACCUCCUGCAGCACCAGCGCACCCACACCGGCGAGAAACCCUAUGAGUGCAGCGCCUGCGGCAAACGUUUCGGCUGGAGCUCCAACCUCAGCCAACACCGCCGUCUCCACAGUGGCCAGAAGCCCUUUCAGUGCAGCCAGUGCGGCAAAUGCUUCGGCGAGAGCGCCCGUCUGCUCGAGCACCAGCGCACCCACACCGGCGAGAAGCCCUACCGCUGUCCCGAUUGCCCCAAGACCUUCAGCCGUGGCUCCCACCUCGCUCGCCACCGCCGCCUCCAUGCAGCUGAGCGGGGACCCAGUCCGGCCCUGGCGAUGCACCGGGGGCUCUGAGGGGCUCCCCGAGGAGAGGCGAGGAGGCGGCCGCAUGGACGGCGGUGCUGCUGUGGUGACCAUGGGGAUGUGGUUUGCCCUGCCGGUGCCCAUCGUCAACAGAAAGAUUCAUGGAGGAUCCGUGAUGCGGUCAGUGGCUGCUACAGCCCUUCUGUGGUGGCCAUGGGGACAUGCUUUGGCCUCGUUGGCGCCCAUCGUCAAUACAAAGACUUCAGGAAGAUCCACGAUGUGGCCAGUGGUUAUUACAGCUCUUCUGUGAUGGCCACGUGCCCGUGGGUUCACCCUAUCAGCACCCAUCAUCAACAUAAAGACUUCAGGAGGAGCCAUGACGUGGCCAGUGGCUCCACAGCCCUUCCGUGGUGGCCAUGGGGACGUAGUUUGGCCCCACUGGUGCUCAUCGUCGAUGUAAAGACUCGGGGAGGACCCAUGAUGUGGCCAAGGACUCUAUGGCCCCUCUGUGGUGGCCAUGGGGACAUGGUUUGGCUCCAUCGAUGCCCAUUGUUGGCUUGUGGGGAACCUGCGUGGGCCAAAAGCCACGGCACUGGGAACAAACGUGGACACAAAGCCUUGGGGAGGGUCCAUGAUGUGGCCAACUGGGACAUGGUUUUGCCCCACUGGUGCCUCCCAUUGGCUGGUGGAGAAGCCACGUGGGCAAAGAGAUGGCAUUGGGGCUGGAGGUGGACGCAAAGACUCGUGGAGGACCCGUGACGUGGCCCAAUGGCUAUUACAGCUCAUCUGUGGUGGCCAGGGGGAUGUAGUUUGGUCCCACUGGCACCCGUCGUCAUCACAAAGACUUGGGGAGGUCCCAUGACGUGGCCAACCGCUACCAUGGCCCUUCCAUGGUGGCCACAGGGACAUAGUUUGGUCCCGUUGGCACCUGUCAUCAUCACAAAGACUUGGGGAGGUCCUAUGACAUGGCCAGCGGCUACCGUGGCCCUUCCAUGGUGGCCACAUGCCCACGGUUGGCACCCACCAUUCAGUAGGUGAGAUGUCACGUGGGCAAGCAGCAAGGGGAGGAAUUUUUAGGGCAAAAAAUCGCAGUAACAGCACUAAAACGGUCCUUAAAACCCGCAUGUUGAUUUUGA